GUCAGAUAGUCGGGGGGAGGGGGGAUGCGGGGCAGCGUGCGGCCGUCGAACAGGUCCGAUCUCGGACGGUCGUCGCAUCCUCCCAUCUUCACUCAUUCCACUUAAACUUCAGAUUGCGUGUAAGUCGGAGACGAGAGAAAGUUAUAUAAACUCGCAACGUACUCGUAAAGGUCCUUUCCAUCUAUUCAUACCCCAUCAUACCCUCCCGUCCAGAAUCAUCUUUCGAAUCCUAAAUCAAACAUGGCCGAACAAAAAGAGGAUAAGUGGUCAUCCGAGGCCUACCAGCACUCCGCCUCCUUCGUCCCCAAGUUGGCGACCAAGGUGGUCCAGUGGCUCGAUGUGCAAAAGGACGAUGUCAUUCUCGACGUCGGCUGCGGUGACGGCAUCCUCGACGUCGAAUUCGGAAAAGUCCUCUCCCAAGGAAAAGGCUCCCUCCACGGCAUCGACGCCUCCCCAGGCAUGAUCUCCGCCGCCAAGAAGGCCGUCUCAGCAGCAGGCCUCUCAAACUGCGAGUUCGAAGUCCUCGACGCAACAAAAAUCACAACCUCCUCAACACCCACCCUACACACCCCAACCUUCACAAAAGCCUUCUCCAACGCAGCCCUCCACUGGAUCCUCCGCCCCCCAGGCUCCCACAUCCCCGUCUUCACCGCCAUCCGCGACGCCCUCCUCCCGGGCGCCACCUUUGCCCUCGAAAUGGGCGGUCUAGGCAACGUAGCCGAGAUGCGUACCGCCAUCGUCAUGGCCGUCGCGCGGCGCGUGGGGAUAGAGAAGGCCGUCGCCGUAGACCCUUGGUUCUUCCCCGAUGAAGAGUGGUUGAAGACGGUGCUCGAGAAGGAGGUCGGCGGGUGGGAGGUGUUGAAAGUCGAGAGGGAGUGGAGGCCUACGACGGCGGAUAAGGGCGGCGUGGAGGGGUGGGUUAGGUUGAUGGGGAAGGAACUGUUGGAUGCUGUGCCGGAGGAGGGCGGGCAGAGGGAGGAGGUUGUUAGGGAGAUCGUGGAGGUGUUGAGGCAUGUUUGUAGGAUUCCGGGGGAUGGGGAGAUGAUUAGCUACGUGAGGUUGCGGUGUCUUGCGAGGAAGCUUUAGGUUGAGGUGGCUAGGCGAAAGGGUAUGUGUCUGGUGAUGGGGACGAGAAUUAGAGAAGUGUGUAGACGCUGGCUCAGUACUUCUGUUGCCAGUAGUCCCCGACCUACAAAGCGUGUUCACUCUUGAAGGACCAGAACGACAGGAACCCACACCACUUGCAAUGGUUACAAGUGGCGAGGUUUUCGGUGGGAGGGAUCAUCAAAGACAAGAGACCAGGUAUAAUGAGACCGACCUCGAACGUCUCUUUCAGUUACUAAAGCUGCCCAAGAACGCUCACCGUCUCGUUCGCUCCACCUCCCUUCGGCUCGAACGUAUUCGUCACGAACAAUCACGACCUUACAAGAGCUGCUUAGUCACGGACGUUUAAUUGUAAUAAGUGCUUUAAGUUAUAGCACCAAGGCUGCCUUGAC